UCUCACAGGGCAUUGGGAAACACAAGAAGAAAGUGAAGUGAAGAGAAACUUCUUCAGAUAUGAACUGUGUUCUCCAAAUGGCUUUUUAGACACCUCCCCAAAACUUUUAUUUAUUUUACUGCUUUCUCUUAAGUAAUAAGAAAGUAGUUAUUUCUUUUUUAUUUGAAGAUAACUUUGAUAAUGAAACUGAGUGUGGGGAUAUUUUUUGGAGGCUUCUUUGCGGCUCUAGGGGUUUUGCUUUUUUUGGUGGCAUUUGGAACUGAUUAUUGGCUUCUUGCUACGGAAACUGGAAGUUGUUCAAAUGCACCUGAAGAUGCUGUGGGAGAGAAGGCUACUUUUCAUCAUGAAGGUUUCUUCUGGAGGUGCUGGUUUAGUGGAAAUGUAGGAGAGAAUAAUGCCAGCAUGUGGAAUUUCUGGUAUACUAACCAGUCACCUUCUAAGAAUUGUACACAUGCUUACCUGUCACCAUUUCCUCUCAUCCGAGAUGAACACAAUUCAACCUCCUAUGACUCUGCAAUCAUUUAUCGAGGUUUCUGGACAGUUCUUAUGCUCCUGGGAGUGCUUACUAUUGUGAUGGCUAGUUUCUUCAUCAUCUGUGCAGCUCCUUUUGCCAGCCACAUUCUGUACAAAGCAGGAGGAGGCUUUUACAUCAUUGCUGGUGUCUUGUUUUCGCUGGUAGUCGUGAUGUAUGUCAUCUGGGUCCAGGCGAUGGCUGAUCUGGAAAACUACACAAACAUGAAAAAAAUGGAUUGCCCAGACUUUGCUGUUUACGUACACUAUGGCUGGUCUUUUAUGCUGGCUCCCAUAGGAGUGUUUUUUGCAUUAUUAGCAGGAAUUCUGUUCAUGUUGGUAGGACGUGCCAUUUAUUUGCACUCAGACUAG